CCUCAGACACGCCGCGAUAGUCUUUGUGUGUGUGUGUGAGGGAGAGAGCGACAGAGAGAAUGUGUUUGCACCGCUGUGAAUCUCUGCUAAUAUUAAUGCGCACGUCUUCUGGUUUAUGAACGCGUCACACAGAUGGAUGGAUGAACUUCUGUCACCAUUUGUAGCGUCUUCAGGCAGAAGAACACGUGGUCAUGAUGAGGAUGGUGGUGGUUUUGCUCUCUGUGAUGAUGGUCUGUGUGCUCCUGAUGGAUGCUAUGGUGGAAAGCGCUGCAGAAUUUGAUCCAUAUAAGAUUCUCGGAGUCACCAGAAGUGCAAGCCAAGCAGAAAUUAAGAAAGUCUACAAACGGCUCGCCAAAGAAUGGCAUCCUGAUAAAAACAAAAACCCUGAAGCAGAAGACAUGUUCAUCAAGAUUACAAAGUCAUAUGAGAUUUUAACAAAUGAGGAGAAGAGAGCCAGCUACGACCGCUAUGGACAAACAGAUAACACUCAUCCGUAUGGCCGCGGCCAUCACGGUUUCCGCCGCUUUCAUGACAACUUCUACUUUGACGAGUCUUUCUUCCACUUUCCCUUUAACAACAAGGGUGGCCGUGACUUUGCUGACAGCAAGUACACAUUGCACUUCAACCAGUACGUCAAUGAAGUUGUACCCGACAGCUUCAAGAGGCCUUACUUGAUCAAGAUUACCUCAGACUGGUGCUUUAGCUGCAUCCACAUCGAGCCAGUCUGGAAAGAAACAGUGCAGGAAUUGGAAACUCUAGGGAUUGGAAUUGGUGUGGUUGAUGUUGGCUAUGAGCGGCGUUUAGCAAAUCACCUGGGCGCACAUCAGACGCCAUCCAUUCUUGGUGUCGUCAAUGGAAAAGUUGCUUUCUUCCAUUACGCUGUUGUUAAAGGCCACCUGAUGCAGUUCGUAGAAGAUUUGCUGCCACAGAGACUAGUUGAAAAGGUUACAGACAAGAACAACCAAGAGUUUCUCAAGAGCUGGCAUGAGCUAAACAAGCCACAUGUUCUCCUGUUUGACCAAGUGCCUUCGGUUCCUCUGCUUUACAAGCUUACUGCAUUUGCCUACAAGGAUUAUGUGCAGUUUGGAUAUGUGGAUCAAGGUCUUUCUGAAACCGCUGACCUGCUGAGAAGAUUCAAUAUAAACACUUAUGCGCCAACCAUGCUUGUCUUCAAAGAGGACGUGGAGAAGCCUGCAGAUAUUAUACAGGCUAAAGGGAUGAAGAAGCAGAUAAUAGAUGAGUUCAUCUCCAACAACAAGUUCCUCCUGGCCCCUCGUCUGGUCAACCAGAAGCUAUUUGAUGAGCUUUGCCCUAUCAAACAGUUCCAUCGUCGCAGGAAAUAUUGUGUUCUGCUCAUCACUGGUGAGGAGGAGUCCUUCACCACAGGAAAUGAAGCCUUCCUCUCGCUAGCUUCUGCGAACACUAAUGAUGUGCUACGGUUUGCUUACGUCUACCAGCGGCGUCAGCAGCCCCUAUGUGACGUUCUCCUGAAGAACAAAGACAGCACACCACCACAGGUGGUGAUUCUGGAGAGGCGUAACGGAGCUGGUAAGAUUCAGUAUAAGCCAGUUUUGGGAGGAUGGAACGGCAGCAAGGAAGACAAACACAAGCUUCUGGAGGAACUCGAAAGACUGCAGAAGGAUCCCUCCAUCCUCAACUAUGACGCCAUUCUCCCAGAGCUCAACAAUGAGUUCACCUCGAUGUUUUUAAUAAGAUGGAUUUACACAGCAUAUGACUACUUGUCUGAAAUUAUCGAUGAUCUUCUUCACAAUAACUGGCGUGAGAUGAUGCCCCUACUGUCUUUGAUAUUCUCUGCACUUUUUAUUUUAUUUGGCACUGUAAUUAUUCAGGCUUUCAGUGACUCAAGUGAGGAAAAACAGCCCAAAACGAAAGCAAAAGAGGUAUCCAAGGCCGAGAACGGUUCGCCAAACACCUCCAGCACAACCAGCAGUCGGCCACCAAAGAAGAACUUUGUGGAGGUGACAGAGUUAACCGACAUCACAUACACCAGUAACCUGGUCAAGCUGCGGCCGGGUCACAUCAAUGUAGUUCUAGUACUUACUGAUUCCACAAAGAACAUCCUGCUCAGCAAGUUCGCAAAGGAAGUUUAUUCGUUCACUGGGAGUUUGACACUACACUUCUCCUUCCUAAACGUGGACAAACACAGCGAAUGGAUGGCGGCCGUGUUGGAAUACGCCCAGGACGCCAUGCAGAUCGAUACCGACGAGGAAGAAUUGGGCAGCCGCAAAGUAGACUACACAGGCUAUGUUCUAGCCCUCAAUGGCCAUAAGAAAUACCUGUGUCUUUUCAAGCCAGUCUACACUGGUGAAGACUUGGAUAGCAAGCAGGAAGAGGAAGGAGGAGGAGGUUCUCGGUCCAGGAAGGGUAUGACACGCUCUCGAUCCACAACUCUUCAGAUCCACCACAAACUGGAUCGACUCGGAUUGUGGAUGGAGCGACUGAUGGAAGGCACGCUGCCACGGUACUACGUCCCAGCCUGGCCCGGUCUGGACAAGAUCACUGUCAACAAAUAAAGCCUAAGGGAAGCUAGCAUGCUUUUGCUAGAGUGAAUAACCCAGCUGGAUUGGAAGCACCAAAGGCCUCAGUGAAACCAGGCUUGAUGCUGCUCCGAGCCAGAUGCUCAUGAGUACUUUGCAUUGUGGAGGAAAGGUACUUGAAUUUACUUUAGCUCUUCUAACAGAGGGGUUUACAGUCAGUUUUGGUCUUUGGGAUUUAUUUCAAAAGGCUGUUGGAUGAGAUCCAAAAUAUCGAAACAGCUAGUCUAGCUUUCGAUUUUAACAUUUCCGUUCCACAAAUAACAUUGCAACAUGCUGCUAGUUGAAAAAAUAGCUAACAUAAUGUAGCAUAACAAAUGUAAUCACUGUAGACUUCUAGUCCUAACUAUGUUUACUCAAGACAAUGCUGUGAAUUUUUAUGUUUUUCAAUUUUAAGACACUUUUCCCUUUUUCUUAGCAUCACCCAUACACUGCCAGUCAAAAGUUUUUGAACAGUAUGAUUUUUAAUAUUUUUUUAAGGAAGUCUCUUCUGCUUACCAAGCCCACAUUUUUUAGAUCCAAAACACAGCAAAGGCAGUAAUAUUGUGAAAUAUUUUUACUAUUUAAAAUAACUAUUUUCUAUUUGAAUAUAUUUUAAAAUCUAAUUUAUUUCUGUGAUCAAAGCUACAUUUUCAGCAUCACUACUCCAGUCUUCAGUGUCACAUGAUCUUUCAGAAAUCAUUCUAAUAUGCUGAUUUGCUGAUCAAGAAACAUUUAUUAUUAUUAUUAUUAUUAUUAUUAAUGAUAAUAAUAUUUAAAACAGUAAAUUUUUUUCCAUGAUGAAUAGAAAGAUCAGCAUUUAUCUGAAAGCUUUUGUAACAAACAGUAUAAUUUUUUGGGAAAAGAAAUUAUAGAAAUUAAUACUUUUAUUUAGCAAGGAUGCUUUAAAUUGAUCAAAACUGAUGAUAAAGACAUUUAUAAUGUUACAAAAGAUUUCUGUUUCAGAUAAAUCCUGUUUAAUCUGAACUUUCUGUUCAAAGAAACCUGAAAAAAAAUCUACUCUGCUGUUUUCAACAUUAUAAAUGUUUUUGAGCAGCAAAUCAGAAUAUUAGAAUGAUUUCUGAAGGAUCAUAUGACUGGAGUAAUGAUGUUAAAAAUUCAGCUUUGAAAUCACAGGAAUAAAUUACAUUUUAUAAUAUAUAUAUAUAUGAAAAAACACAGUUAUUUUAAAUAGUACAAAUAUUUCUAAAUUUUACAGUUUUUGCCGUACUCUGGAUCAAAUAAAUGCAGGCUUGGUGAGCAGAAGAGAUUUCUUAAAAAAAAACAAAAAAAACAUUAGAAAUCUUACCAUUCAAAAACUUUUGAUUGGUAGAGUACUUGUGGUAAAAACUAACACAACUGGCACAACUUUACAGCAAUACACAUAAAACAUGUGCUUCAAUCCCAAGGUGUAAAUAGUUUACAUAAUAUUAAAUGUAUAUGUAAAAAUAUAAUAUGGGUUUGUGUCUCUGAAAUAUAAGAAAGAUUCCAGAUGUUCUUAUCAGACUGCUAAUGUAAGUAAAGGGUGUAACUCUUUAGUGUAGCUCUUUAUUGACUUUAACAAGUCACAUUCAGCUAUAUAGUGCAGCUAUUAAAUGAGCAGGUAAAGCCUUAAGGAAUGACAAAUAGCGCCAGAGACCUUUAUAGUUUCCAGUUGCGUUUUUCAUUAAAAAUGUGCUGUGGCAUGCAAAACAUAUUCUCAACAGUACACAGAGAAGAAAUAAUACAUACUUGAUCUGAAGUAUUUUGUACUAUGCAUUUCAUGUUUGCUCCUUUAUGUUGAAAUGUUUAAUUUUGUUAGCAGGAUUUAGUGGUUAACGGAUUGUUUGAUUAGCUAUUGCAUAUGCACAGAAAGGUGUGGGUGAAUUAAAUCCACUCCUAUAUGAAGUCUUCCAUUACGGAUGCAUUUUGAGUGAUGAGUAUUACUUUAUUCAUACGGUGUUCAAUGAACAUUCAUUAUACUUUAUUAUUAAUGAUGCAGUGCCAUUGUACUAUAUUAGCAUUUUAUUUGUUUUGCAAUGCACUGGUAAAUAUCUUACAUUUAAGAUAGUCAGCAUUAAAUCAUGCCAAAUUUUCAUGGCUUAUUAACUAUGUCUAAAUGUAUUUAUGUCUGUGGUAUAAAAUAUUAAAGUAUCAUGUUACUAUGUAAUCCAUUUUAUUUAACAUUCUGGUCAAAAACUAAAUUAUCAAAUGCAUAUAAAAUGUUCUAUUUCCAUAAUUGAGUUGUUUCUACAUCUACAAUGAAUUUUCUUUGUGUUCAUAAACUGUGACAGUAUAACACUGUUUUGCUACUCCAAAUAAAGGUAUUUCUUGCUGAAAAUGA